AUAUAUCAGAUCACAGCUCUGGUGUCUCCACAACCUCUCUUAACAAAGUGACUUCUACCAGAUCAGCUCCCCGUCAGAAACUCAAGACAUGAUGGAAGGACACGUACGCGGGCAAGAUGAAAAAGAGGUGGCCGUGGUUACCGGAGGGAACAGAGGGAUUGGGUUAGAAAUAUGCAGGCAGCUUGCUUCCAAAGGAGUCACGGUAGUAUUGACAGCCAGGGACGAGAUGAGGGGUGCAGAAGCGGUCAAAAAUCUUGCAGCGCAGGGGCUAUCCAACGUCCUGUUUCAUCAACUGGAGGUUGGAGAUCUCUCAAGCGCUGCACGUCUCGCUGAUUUUAUCCGAGACAAAUUUGGCAAACUGGAUAUAUUGGUCAACAAUGCAGCAAUUGCCGGGUCCAAAACAGAGAUCAGCGAUCCAGAAUCUUUCAAGUUAGAGCUUGCAGGCAUGAAUACCCAGGAAAAGCUCGAAAGGAUCAGGAGGCACACCACAGACCCUUACGACAAAGCAGAGGAGUGCUUAAGAACAAACUACCAUGGCACCAAAAUUGUCACAGAAGCGCAUCUUCCUCUCCUGCACCUCUCGUCGCAUGGAAGAAUUGUAAACAUAUCAUCUCGUUUCGGACUACUCAGGUUUUUCAGUGGCGAUAAACUUAAGAAGGAGCUAGACAACAUUGAUGACCUAUCCGAAGAGAGAUUAGAUGAGCUGUCAGAAUUGUUUCUCAAUCACUUCAAGAAUGGCCAGCUAGAACCCUAUGGGUGGCCGACUGAAGGAGGGUAUCUUGCAUAUAAAGUGUCCAAGGCUCUUGUCAAUGCUUAUUCGAGAAUCGUUGCAAAGAAGCACCCAACACUUCGUGUGAAUUGUGCGCAUCCUGGCUUUGUCAGUACAGACAUGAGCUUCCACACCGGAGAUCUCACAGUCGAGGAAGGCGCAAGGGGAGCUUUGAUUCUAGCUCUCGUACCCAAGGGAGGCACGACCGGAGUGUUCUUGAACCGCACAGAGGUCGCAUCCUUCGUGUAACUCUCUAUAAAUUUUGUUGUAAGGUGUGACCCUCAUGUUUCUUUAAAUAAAAAUGUCUGCAUAUAGAAGCUGUCACCAAGGAAUCAGCUAGCUACACAUACAUAACAAAUACAUAGUCUUCGAAAAACUCCAGUAGGAUGCAGAACAGAAAAGCAAGAGUAUUUGUCAUAUGAUGCUAAUGGAGAGCCAACUAACGAAGCAAAUAUAUUUUUUGGAAC